AACCAAAAUGGCCGACGAAGUGUACAAAUGAUUAAAGGGGAGGCUUAUCGUUUGUAGUAAAGAAUGCAGUGGAUAAGAAAUCUGCUGGGAGUAUUUCGUUCUGGUCGUAGACUGGUAGGAACAGAUCYAGAUGGAAAUCAGUAUUAUGAAAUUCUUGCAGGAAAAAAUCGUCGACCAAGAAGAGAAGUGAUAACGAAUCUCAAGCAUGAACAAUAUAAAGAUGGUACAAUACCUUUGGAAUGGGAAUCUUGGAUGAGAGGAAAGAGAGMCAAUCCUCCCACACACGAUGAAUUGAUCAGUAUGCUACAAAAGCGUGAGGUUUUAAACCAGAGGGUGAAAAAAAUAGAAGCAGAAGAAGAGAGGAAAGGUGAAGAACAAGACAUGGCUACAAGACCAAUAGGACACGCUUCUGCUCCUGUUUACGAAAAGAYAGGACUAAAAACUGAACCAACUAGAACUGGAGAUACCUUUCAGCCUGGUUCUUGGACUCCAGGUAGCAACACUGGCCAGCCAGGAAAGGGAGGUGAGGAAGAGGCUGACAUCUUUGAACCACAAUCAUGGACCCCUGGGAAAAAGUGACCAGGAAAUGAGUGCUGGAAUAUACMUACAAAGUCACAAUAUACUGGUGGUAUUUACUGGCAAAAGAGUAAUAAUAGUGCUGCUGUUAAAAAUUCUAACUGAGACAAUAAGACCGAAGGGUUUUUCUUGAAGACAGUUAAUAUACCAACACCAGGAAAACUAAGAAAAACAGUUCUACUUUAUUUUUAUUGGACUUUGGACUAUUAAGAGAGUAAGAGAGAUGCAACUUCCAGAUCAACUAAAUAWAAUAAGUAAAUAAUUAUUAUAGUGAUUUUGAAAGAAAACUUGAGACUUCUUCUGUAUGUUCAGCUUCAUUCCAUUCUUUCAUGAAAUGUGAUCUAAUGGAUAUCAAUAACUCAUCCUCAUUGAUGUUUCAAUAAUAUUAUGCUAUACUGGAUGCUGCUUGUACAGCUGGUUCAUUAAUGUAUCAAAAGUCCCAUGUGGAAUCUGUAAAAAUUCAAAUUAAAUCUUUUAACUUGUUCACUCACA